AAGCCGAGCGAGGAGACGGGAGAGACACCACACACGGCACAAGAUGGCCGGAGAGGCAGCAGCAACCCGAGCUGUCAGGCGGCCCGCCGCGGCCCACGGGUCCGCGGCUGCGCCGGGAGCAGCGCCCGGGCGUCCCGGAGGGCUCCGGGCAGCGAGGAGGCCGCGGCGGAGGCGAGGCGGCCGCGCGCGCGGGUGCGGGAGCCCGCGGCAGGAGGCGCCCGGGAAGGCCGGGCCCGCGGCGCCCGGGGCUCCGCUGCGGUAGCGGCGGGGCUGGCGGUGCGCGCGGCCGGGAGGCGUCCCGCACCGUGGGCGGGAGGCUGCGGCGGGAGACCCGUCCCGGAGACGCGGGGAAGAGCGAGCCCAUGGCGCUGGCGGCCGCGCUUCGACCCGGUAACUUACAAGAUUAUAAUUAGUGUGGUUGCUGAUGAUUCUGAAUAAAUACAGCUUUUAUCACAGGUGUGCCAUUUUGAAGACGGAGACAAUAGAGUUUUACCUUUGAGAAUAAAGGAGAGCCCUUGGAAAAUUCUGUAUUUUAUAUAGCAAAAAUGUGGAUCCCAGAUGGAAUGAAAUUACCUAUACCAUAGACAUUUUUGAAGCAUUUACAUCCAGUUACCUUGAAGAGUUUCAAAUGGACCAUACCACUGAGAAAUCAAGAUGGCAGCCCACUAUGGGGAAUUGAGGAAAAUGGAUUAAUCCAAGAAUGCUGUGAUAUUAUACAACCAUCCCAGGGUUCUUUUAAUGUGGAUUCCAUGAAAUGAACGAUUCUUACCCAACACAAAUGGACAGUGGGAUUUACUUUCUAAAGACUUGUUACAUAUCAUGUACAUUUUAACAUCUGGAGAAGAUGCUACAUUUAUUCAAAUGGUAGUUUGUAUUUCUGGAAUUUCUUACAAUUUUGAUCUGAGUGACCAUAUGGAAUGUUAACUUCAAUAAAAUCUCUAAAACUUAAAAGAUUUCUCAGUUUGGCCCUUUUUUAAAUUUUUUUUUUUUAAAGUGGAAGCUUUCAUUAAAUGUUCAUUUCCCCUUAAAAUCAUUUUGACCUUUAUCGUUUGCUUUUCAUUAAAGUAUACUGAAUAAAGCUGGUAAAAUGGAAUGGUGUACUGGAGAAUGUUUUGUUUGAUUGGGAUUUAUGUUUAUUGGCAAAGCUGUGUCUGUGUACCUGUGCUUAGUGGAAUGACCCUUUGGUUAAAAAGCAGUUUGGUUGGUGUUCAUUAUAGGAUUUAAAUGAAUUUCAUUGAAUUUGUUUGGGUCUUUUCAAAACAUUUUGCAUUUUAAUCAGUGGGUAAUAGGAACCUUGAAAGUGUCAUGAGAUUAUAAUGAAUUUACAAAACAAAGUAAAGUACUUGUUGGCUACACAGACUGAGACCAAGUAUCUCAAUUUGUGUUGAUGCAAAUGGCCUCGUUGACCUGUGUUUUUAAAGUAUAAAUAAAACAUCUCUCAGUAGAAUGCUCAUCAAUAUUUGAGUUAUACUGAUGUUUGUAUUGUCUAACAUUAGAUGUGUAUUUGUAGGGCUUUUAGGGUAUAAUACACACCAAAGGUCCUAAAACAGCAGUGCAAUUUACAUUUGAAAAAAAUCUUGUUUCCUUCUGUUAUACAGUUGGGAGUUUAAAUGAAUCACACCAUGCUUUGGAUUAUCCAUGGUUGGAAUCAAAUGACAGGUUUUUAUUUAUUGAUCUUAGCUAGUAACAGUUUCGGUAACUAAUGUAAAGAAAUGAUGGGGAUUUGUUUUGUGGACCAAAUGACCAUUGAUUAUAUUUUCUCAAUAUAGAAAACAAAGAACAAAAUAACCCAUUGUUAAUGUAAAAUACCUUAGAAUACACAUCUAUGGUUAAUACACAUGCAAUGUUGUUCAUUGAGUGAUGUGAGGUAGUUGGUUGGUCUUAGUGUAAAUUGGAAAAUGAAUUUUGGAUUUUUGUUUGGAUGCAAAAAUAUCUGUAGAUUUGAAACUUGAUUGUGGAUUUUACAUUUACUUAUAUUUAACAUAAUUGCUUUUGGUUGUAAAUCUAAAGCGGAUUGCCACAUUGAUGGAGUGACAUGGUUUUGACCAAUUAUAGGGUUUAGUAAAGGAAUGUUUUGAGUUUUUAGGGUCUGUAUGUGGUAUACUUGUCUGUAUGGGAGAGAACACUGCAUUUGUAAUUUUGUUUCUAUAGACUUUGUGUUUUCACCUUUAGGGAGUUUGUCUUCAAAAGUUUGAUAAUUGGCUGUUAGAUGUGUCCUGUUGUAAAUGACCUGUUGUUGAUGAAAUAUGAGUGUACCUAGAAUUGGAUUUGAAAUAUGAGUGAAGCAUUGGGCUAUGCUGGUUAUUUUGGUUUUGGAGUUGAGGUUGAGUUUUUGAUUGAAGGGUGACCAUGGUUGGUGUAUAUUCUUGAUUUUGUAGUUACUCAUUUUGCCCAGAUGAGUUUAAGAAGUAAAUAUGUAACGAGUAUGAGAAUUUUUUAAUGUGUGGCGCCUCCAAGGUUAUAUAAUGGGUUAAAGAAUUUUCAUGAUUCUGGGUGGGGUAGGAUGGUUGUAUUAAGUUUUGCUCUACUGCAACUGAACACUAGGGAGGCGCUCUUGAGUUGUAAAAAAAUUACCCCUUCCAGUUGGGGUGGACAAUUCCCCUUUAAACUUAAUCUUUAGAUGGUUUUUAGGGACCAUAAAGAAGGCAAGAGUUGAGUAAUUUAUAGUAUUGCUGGUGCUUCUAGCUACAAGCUAUUUUACCCAUGGGGGUGUUAAUUUUUUUAAAGAUUAGUAUUUAAGCUGAGCUUUAGAUUCUCUAAAAAUUAUCCUUAUUUCAAAAUGGCUUGAUAAAACACCACUUCCUGUCCAGGGAGGAAGUUAUUUUAGCUCAAGGACUGAAAUAUUUAGCAGAUCUUUAGACAAAAGGAACAAAUUACAUUUCUCUCUGGCUUAAAAAGGGUGCUUGAGCCAGAGGGGGUUAAGAAGCCCUUCCCCCUCCCCCUUAUGGAGUGGUCUGGAGGGGCAGGGAGGUGUGGGUUGGGGGUCUUAAGGCUCCCUUGGAUGGAGGAUCUAGGUUUUUUUCUUUUUUCUUUCUUUUUUUUUUUUUUGGUGGAGAUGAAGGGGUGGGUCUAUGGUACAUCACCUGAGUUGUGGGGUAAAUGUAGAGAGUGUCAAUCAAAGGCAGAGCUCUCAGAGCUGGGAAGGAGGCUCUAGAUGGCGGCUGUGCCUUAGAGAGAGCGCGCUUUGCUCCCUGCUUCGGUUCACUUUACGCAACUUUCCCUAACUUUCGGGCAGCCUCAGGGGGCCCCCGCAACCCCCUGCCUCUCCUAGUGACUUACUGGGGUCGAACCGAACCUUUUUUUGGGAGAAAAGCAGCUUUUAGGAGCUUUCUUUUCGUGCCUUGUUGGAAGAAGCUGCCGUAUUGAGAGCCCAGGUCGUUGUUUUUUCCAGCUUAGAAGCCAUGGCGCACCUCCAUUUUUGUGCGCUCUCCUAAUGAGGCUUUUUUUUCCCUUCCGGACCUGUUUUAGUAUUAAUUACUGCUUUAUUUUUUGACAAGUCAACACAUUUGAGGACUAUUUCAUUUACUUUUUGUUUUUUAACGGAGGAUUUUGCGUUAUUUUUAAUUAUUUUGGAUCUGAUAUUUUUCUACUACUAGAUAGGACUCUUGUUUUGGACAUACUACAUGGAUCAGUAAAUACCUGGGCACAGGACUUCAAAGCAAACACAGAUUCCCCCUCCCCCUUAAUAUUUAAGAAUUAAAAGAUGAUGAGAAAUAAGGACAAAAGCCAAGAGGAGGACAGUUCGCUACACAGCAAUGCAUCGAGUCAUUCGGCCUCUGAAGAAGCUUCGGGUUCAGACUCUGGCAGUCAGUCGGAAAGUGAACAGGGCAGCGAUCCUGGAAGUGGACAUGGCAGCGAGUCCAAUAGCAGUUCUGAAUCUUCUGAGAGUCAGUCAGAAUCUGAGAGUGAAUCAGCAGGUUCCAAAUCACAGCCAGUCCUUCCAGAAGCCAAAGAGAAGCCUGCCUCUAAGAAGGAACGGAUAGCUGAUGUGAAGAAGAUGUGGGAAGAAUAUCCUGAUGUUUAUGGGGUUAGGCGGUCAAACCGAAGCAGACAAGAACCAUCACGAUUUAACAUUAAGGAAGAGGCAAGUAGCGGGUCUGAGAGCGGGAGUCCAAAAAGAAGAGGCCAGAGGCAGCUGAAAAAACAAGAAAAAUGGAAACAGGACCCCUCAGAAGAUGAACAUGAGCAAGGCACCAGUGCAGAGAGUGACCCAGAACAAAAGAGAGUAACAGCUAGGAGACCUGUCCCCAGAAGAACAGUGCCCAAACCUCCAGUUAAAAAACAACCUAAGACUCAGCGUGGAAAGCGGAAAAAGCAGGAGUCUUCUGAUGACGAUGACGAUGACGAUGAAGCUCCCAAAAGGCAGACUCGACGAAGAGCUGCUAAAAAUGUGAGUUACAAAGAAGAUGAUGACUUUGAGACUGAUUCAGAUGAUCUCAUUGAAAUGACUGGAGAAGGAAUUGAUGAACAGCAAGAUAAUAGUGAAACUAUUGAAAAGGUCUUAGAUUCAAGACUGGGAAAGAAAGGAGCCACUGGAGCAUCCACCACUGUGUAUGCUGUUGAAGCCAAUGGAGACCCGAGUGGCGACUUUGACACGGAGAGGGAGGAAGGGGAAAUCCAAUACCUUAUCAAAUGGAAGGGCUGGUCUUACAUCCACAGCACAUGGGAGAGUGAAGAAUCCUUACAACAACAGAAAGUGAAGGGCCUGAAAAAACUGGAGAACUUCAAGAAGAAAGAGGAUGAGAUCAAACAAUGGUUAGGGAAAGUUUCUCCAGAAGAUGUUGAAUAUUUCAAUUGCCAACAGGAGCUGGCAUCAGAGUUGAAUAAACAGUAUCAGAUAGUAGAAAGAGUAAUAGCUGUGAAGACAGGUAAAUCUGCAUUGGGCCAAACAGAUUUUCCAGCUCAUAGUCGGAAGCCAGCGCCUUCAAAUGAGCCUGAAUAUCUAUGCAAAUGGAUGGGACUGCCCUAUUCAGAGUGUAGCUGGGAAGAUGAAGCCUUGAUCGGAAAGAAAUUCCAGAAUUGUAUCGACAGCUUCCAUAGUCGUAACAACUCCAAAACCAUUCCAACAAGAGAAUGCAAGGCACUAAAGCAAAGACCACGAUUUGUAGCUUUAAAGAAGCAGCCAGCAUACUUAGGAGGGGAGAAUCUGGAGCUCCGAGAUUAUCAGCUAGAGGGUCUCAACUGGCUUGCUCACUCCUGGUGCAAAAGCAACAGUGUAAUCCUUGCUGAUGAAAUGGGCCUAGGAAAGACCAUCCAGACCAUAUCAUUUCUCUCCUACCUGUUCCACCAGCACCAGCUCUAUGGACCCUUUCUUAUAGUCGUCCCCUUAUCCACCCUCACUUCAUGGCAGAGGGAGUUUGAAAUCUGGGCACCAGAGAUUAAUGUAGUGGUUUAUAUAGGUGACCUGAUGAGCAGAAAUACGAUAAGGGAAUAUGAGUGGAUUCAUUCUCAAACCAAAAGGUUGAAGUUCAAUGCACUUAUAACAACAUAUGAGAUCCUCUUAAAAGAUAAGACCGUGCUGGGCAGUAUUAACUGGGCCUUCCUGGGAGUAGAUGAAGCCCAUCGGUUGAAGAAUGAUGACUCUUUAUUGUAUAAAACUCUGAUUGAUUUCAAGUCCAGCCAUAGGCUACUGAUCACGGGCACCCCUCUUCAGAAUUCCCUCAAGGAACUUUGGUCUUUGCUGCACUUUAUUAUGCCGGAGAAGUUUGAGUUCUGGGAAGAUUUUGAAGAAGACCAUGGAAAGGGGAGAGAGAAUGGUUAUCAGAGUCUUCAUAAGGUACUAGAGCCUUUCCUUCUUCGGAGAGUCAAAAAAGAUGUGGAGAAAUCCCUUCCUGCCAAAGUGGAACAGAUUCUCAGGGUGGAGAUGUCAGCCCUUCAGAAACAGUAUUAUAAAUGGAUCCUGACCAGGAAUUACAAGGCUCUCGCCAAAGGAACAAGGGGCAGCACAUCUGGCUUUCUUAAUAUUGUGAUGGAGCUGAAAAAAUGCUGCAAUCACUGCUACCUGAUCAAAGCUCCAGAGGAAAAUGAAAGGGAGAACGGCCAGGAGGUCCUUCAGUCUCUAAUCAGGAGCAGUGGGAAGCUGAUUCUCUUAGACAAAUUGUUGACAAGACUCCGAGAAAGGGGAAACAGAGUCCUGAUCUUCUCUCAGAUGGUGAGGAUGUUGGAUAUUCUGGCCGAGUACCUGACUAUCAAACACUAUCCUUUCCAGCGCCUGGAUGGUUCUAUCAAGGGAGAAAUCCGAAAACAGGCAUUGGAUCACUUCAAUGCAGAUGGUUCUGAGGACUUCUGCUUCCUGCUCUCCACACGGGCUGGGGGCCUAGGAAUCAAUCUGGCUUCAGCGGACACAGUUGUCAUCUUUGACUCCGACUGGAAUCCCCAGAACGACUUGCAGGCACAAGCCCGAGCGCAUAGAAUCGGUCAGAAGAAGCAGGUGAAUAUUUACCGCUUGGUUACAAAGGGGACUGUGGAAGAGGAGAUCAUAGAACGGGCCAAAAAGAAGAUGGUGUUGGACCAUCUGGUGAUUCAGCGCAUGGACACCACUGGCAGGACAGUCCUCGAAAACAACUCAGGAAGAUCCAACUCUAAUCCUUUUAAUAAAGAAGAGCUGACCGCCAUCUUGAAAUUUGGAGCAGAGGAUCUCUUCAAAGAAAUUGAAGGAGAGGAGUCAGAGCCUCAGGAGAUGGACAUAGAUGAAAUCUUGCGCUUGGCUGAAACCAGAGAGAAUGAAGUGUCGACUAGUGCAACAGAUGAGCUUCUGUCGCAGUUUAAGGUUGCCAACUUUGCAACGAUGGAAGAUGAAGAGGAGCUAGAGGAACGUCCUCACAAGGACUGGGAUGAAAUCAUUCCAGAGGAGCAAAGGAAGAAAGUGGAGGAGGAGGAACGGCAGAAGGAGCUAGAAGAAAUCUAUAUGCUGCCGCGAAUUCGUAGUUCCACUAAAAAGGCUCAGACAAAUGACAGCGAUUCUGACACGGAGUCGAAGAGGCAAGCCCAGAGAUCGUCCGCUUCUGAGAGUGAGACAGACGACUCCGACGAUGAUAAGAAGCCGAAGCGCAGAGGGCGCCCCCGAAGUGUGCGCAAAGACCUGGUGGAGGGCUUCACGGACGCAGAGAUCCGAAGGUUCAUCAAGGCUUAUAAGAAGUUUGGUCUCCCUCUUGAAAGGCUAGAGUGCAUAGCACGUGAUGCCGAGCUAGUGGAUAAGUCUGUAGCAGACCUGAAACGCCUGGGGGAACUGAUUCAUAAUAGCUGUGUGUCAGCAAUGCAGGAAUAUGAAGAACAGCUGAAAGAAAAUGCCAGCGAAGGAAAAGGACCAGGCAAGAGAAGGGGCCCAACCAUCAAGAUCUCUGGGGUUCAGGUUAAUGUGAAGUCCAUUAUCCAACAUGAAGAAGAGUUUGAGAUGCUGCAUAAAUCGAUCCCUGUGGACCCUGAGGAAAAAAAAAAAUACUGCUUGAGCUGCCGAGUCAAAGCGGCGCAUUUCGAUGUGGAGUGGGGUGUGGAGGAUGAUUCUCGUCUGUUGCUUGGGAUCUAUGAACAUGGCUAUGGAAACUGGGAGCUAAUUAAGACAGACCCAGAGCUAAAACUCACUGAUAAAAUUCUACCAGUGGAGACAGAUAAAAAGCCUCAGGGGAAGCAGCUGCAGACCCGGGUGGACUACUUGCUGAAGCUGCUCAGGAAGGGUCUGGAGAAGAAGGGCACUGUGACCAGUGGGGAGGAGACCAAACUAAAGAAACGGAAGCCUCGAGUAAAGAAGGAAAAUAAAGCCCCCAGGCUGAAGGACGAGCAUGGGCUUGAACUGUCAUCCCCAAGACACUCAGACAACCAGUCUGAGGAGGGGGAAGUGAAGGAUGAUGGCUUAGAAAAAAGUCCAACGAAAAAAAAGCAGAAGAAGAAAGAGAACAAGGAGAACAAAGAGAAACCAGUGAGUUCUCGGAAGGACAGGGAAGGAGACAAAGAGAGGAAGAAGUCCAAGGACAAGAAAGAGAAGGUUAAAGGUGGUGAUGCCAAGUCUUCAAGUAAAUCAAAGCGAGCUCAGGGUCCUGUCCACAUUACAGCGGGAAGUGAACCUGUUCCCAUUGGGGAGGAUGAAGAUGAUGAUCUGGACCAGGAAACCUUCAGCAUUUGUAAAGAGAGGAUGAGGCCUGUGAAAAAGGCACUGAAACAGCUGGACAAACCUGACAAGGGACUCAAUGUGCAAGAACAGCUGGAGCACACCAGGAACUGCCUGCUUAAAAUUGGAGACCGCAUAGCUGAGUGCCUUAAAGCUUAUUCAGAUCAGGAGCACAUCAAAUUGUGGAGGAGGAACCUAUGGAUUUUUGUUUCCAAGUUUACAGAAUUUGAUGCACGAAAACUACAUAAAUUAUAUAAGAUGGCUCAUAAGAAAAGAUCUCAAGAAGAGGAGGAACAAAAGAAGAAAGAUGAUACGCUUGGUGGUAAGAAACCAUUUCGACCAGAGGCCUCGGGCUCAAGCCGGGAUUCUUUGAUAUCUCAGUCCCAUACCUCACACAACCUUCAUCCUCAGAAGCCUCAUUUGCCUGCCUCCCAUGGUCCACAGAUGCAUGGACAUCCAAGAGAUAACUACAGUCAUCCCAACAAGAGACACUUUAGUAAUGCAGAUCGAGGAGACUGGCAGAGGGAAAGAAAGUUCAACUAUGGUGGUGGUAACAAUGCCCCCUGGGGCAGUGACCGGCACCAUCAAUAUGAGCAGCACUGGUACAAGGAUCACCAUUAUGGUGACCGGAGACAUAUGGAUGCCCACCGUUCUGGAAGCUACCGACCUAACAACAUGUCCAGAAAGAGACCUUAUGAGCAGUACAGCAGCGACCGAGACCACCGGGGACACAGAGACUAUUAUGACAGGCACCAUCAUGACUCUAAGCGGAGGAGAUCAGAUGAUUUUAGGCCCCAGAAUUACCACCAGCAGGAUUUCCGACGAAUGUCUGACCACCGACCCACGAUGGGUUACCACGGCCAGGGACCCUCAGACCAUUACCGCUCUUUUCACACAGACAAGUUGGGGGAAUACAAACAGCCCCUGCCCUCACUGCACACUGCGGUCUCAGAUCCUCGCUCACCUCCUUCCCAGAAAUCUCCCCAUGAUUCCAAGUCACCCUUGGAUCACAGGUCUCCUUUGGAGAGGUCACUAGAACAGAAGAACAACCCAGAUUAUAACUGGAAUGUUCGGAAAACAUAAAGGACGGCUCCGCCAGGGAGAGGCCGCAGGAGUCGUCAAGCACUUGGACGUUCUGGCCUGGCCCAGCGGGGGCCAGUGCUCAGGCUGGGAGCGGAGUGUUUGGAUGCACUGCUGCUGAGUCCCUGAGUGGGGGUGAAGGAGCACUUGAGGGGGUGGAGGCCCUGGUCUGCUGCUGUGGUUUGCCCUCCACUCCUGCACUUUGGCACUCAUCCCAUCCUCGCCUCUGUGGCCUCCCACCUCUGAGGGUGCUCGGAGGAAGAGGCGACUUUCUGUCCCCGCUGCAUCCGGCUGCUUCCCCUGGGAAGGACUCGGGGAUCUCGAGAGUCAGUGAAUGUUAGAGUCAGCAUGAGUGACCAGGGCAAGGACCUGCUGGACAGUGUGUGAUUGGUUCACUAUGACACGAGGGAUGCUGCUGAUGGGAAGUGGGAGGUCACAGGGCGGGGUUCACACUGCAAGACUUGAAAGGGGAGCAGGUAUACCCCUCAGCUGUGUUCUUGGGAGAAAUGAUACACUUGGUCUCAUUAUGUGAAGGGGGUGGGGAUAAAGAGACAGGGAAUAACUUCCACCAUGGCCUCCUACCUGCCAACACUAAUUUUUUCCGUACUAUCUUUGUACAUUUCAAAGGUUUGGUCUUCUGGUGGGGUCCAUUUCCCUCUUUGUCAGGGAAAGUUGGAUCCCUCUGGCUGAUUUUAGAGUACUGUGACUUUGGCAUCAUCGGUGCCAGGUCUUACUUGUUUGGGGAGUGGGCUGAGUGGGUGUGGGGUGGAGAUGGGGGUGGGGUAGUGUGACCAGGAACUAGGAAUCCCUGGUGGGUUUCUGGUUCCUGGGUUGAGAAGGAAAGUCACAGGUCCUGGAGAUGGAAAUGGAGGUGGCCUGCUGAUGAGAUUCCUGCUGGUGAGCCCAGGGGUGGGGCACUCAUGCAGAUGGGGGCCGGGACUCCUGAUGUGGGCAGUGGUAGUGCCAGCAAGCAGGGAGCGUUCAGUGUUGCAGUGGGUCAGCGAAGGCACUUGCAUCUUGGUUCCUUUACACAGCUUGAAGAGGCAGGCAGGCUCUCCGGACCCACACCUCUCGACAGUGGAGGUGCAGUCAUGAAAACAGCUACUGAUGUGGUUACAUUGCCAUUGCAAGUUGGGAUUCAGUAGAAUCAAACCCUGCUGCUUUAAGAUCUGUAGAGUAUAAGCCUAAGUUAAUUUUUUCCCAAAUCCCAAGCAUCCAUGACUGGAGUAGCUGAGCUGUAUGAUGUUAGGAGGCCUGUGAGGGUCAGGCUGGGUCGAGGUGAGGGGGAGGGCCGCUGGUGGGUUGCAUCAUUGAAUGGCUCUUCUCAGUGGAUGGAUAACUGGGUUGGCCCUGUGGUUUUACUGACUUUCAGUAUAGCUUGCCAGUAUUGUUAGGGUAUCCAAAGCCUUUCUAGAUGGAGACAGCAAAACUGACUUGAACAUAUGGUAUGGUGUGCCUCUGUAAGCUCAUUCUGAGUUGAUGAAGUCUUGUGUUGGACAUACACAGGAUUCGGCUCUUGGGGAACUCCCUGGGGGAUAGGGUGGGGCCCGUCCUGGGCAGUACCAUUAAUGAUUUUCCCAAGACAAGCUUGAGUGGUGUCCUGGAGUGCAUCAUCUGGCCAUGGUAUGGCUGUGGUGGGCCAUUGCUUCUGCUGCUUAGAGUACCAAGGACCUGCAAGUCAGUCCUUGCAGCCAGUGCUCAGUAGACCAUCACCUUCUUGAUCCUCGUGGUCCUUUACCCUGACCAUGUACAUGCAUGACUGCCCUGGAGCUCCCUGGCUGUCGUCUCCUGCCUGUGGCCACACAGUGAAAAGGGAACCAUAGAUGGAGCUUCUUGCUGAUGACAUCAACACUAGUCUGUUUGGCCUGCUGUGCUCUGAGCUGUUGGGAGCGCAGCAAGAACAGGAGGUCCCCUGUGGAAGGUGGAGGGCUUUGCCUUUCCAUACUACCUAGGUCUGUCUGUCUGUCUUUCAACUUGUUGGUAGAAGUUACACGUUAUUCUCAAAGAUGUCUCAUCAUGAGGAAAAAGGAACUUCCUUUUGUUCACGUUCAGGACUAAAGUGCCAUAAAGUGUAGCAAAAGGCAAUGUUGGCCAGAUCAGUGUUACAUUGAUUCUAAGAUUGCAGUAUCUCCCACCAAACGUCUGUUCUAGGUGUUGACGUGUAUUUGAAGGGUGGGUUGGAGAAAGGAGGCAUUCCUCUUGCUUUAGACCAGCAUGUGCAUCACAUGCUUUACACGGAAAUUUGCACAGGCGGGAGACGAAGCCCGUGGAGCUCUGCUGGGCCUAGCUGGGCAGCCCGUGGUUGAGGAAAUGGCGGGACUUGAGGAGAGAGGGGGUGUUGCCAAGGCCUGAAGUACUGUGAUGCACUGUGACCCUAGAAAAGGACGGUGACGUCUCUGCUGAUCACUGUGUCCUCUCAUUGGCCAGCCUGCGGGAGCCCAAUCUCAUGGUCCUUCCUUGGACUCUGUAGUCAUUCCUUAAGCCCCGCCAAGGGAACGCAAACAUUUCUCACUGUGCUGCUGAUGUUCUGAGCUGGUGUGGCUGGCAGCUACAUCAGGCCGUGCAGAGCAAAGGUGAUUCACUUAAGUGUUCACACACAGCAACACUGAAAUCCUAUAGACCAAAACCCACUUGUCAGCAGGAGCCGUGUCCAGGCCCAGCACCCGUGGGCUGCUAGCUCAUCUGAGGCCAGCUGUAUCGGGUGAAGAGAGCCAUGCCAAGGGUCCAGGCUGCUUUAGUCCAUCUGUGCCCUACCCAUUUGGGAACAGGUGGUUUUUCUUGUAAACUUGUGGACUUUUGAAACCUGUUGACUAAACAGUAAUUAAUUUAUAUUUGUGAAAAAUGCCACUGUCCUAGUGAUUUCUGAUGUAAAUAAUGUUGUUUAUAUAGUAUGUAUUAAAAUUUUCCUACAUUGUAAAA